ACCAUCAAUAUGAAUAUUUAUAGCUAUACACACAUCUCUAGUAGUCAUCACCCUUCCAAAAAAGGUGGCCAGAUGCAAUUCAAGAUAAGAAGUAUGAAUAGGUUUCAAUUAUGUCAAGCGGUGUUGACAAAUUAACCAUAAAAGCCACCAUGUGGAUGAAUCUUUCAUGCUCAAAGCAAUGCAACAACAAUUUCAGAGGCUGAACAUCAUGUUUGGUGAGAUUAAAGACAAAAUGGACAAGCAAGAUGCAGCAAUAGCCAAGUUAUACCAAACACAUGAUGGAAGUCCGAAUUUGCGUAGGAAUGAUGCUAAUGACAAUUUCAAUGACGAUUAUGAAGAUGCACUCAACAAUGACGCCCAGAACUCAAAUUUCAGCAUGGACAAAAUUAUGAGAGGUAGAGGGAGCCAAAGAGAGCAAAAUCUUACGAGGUGGGGAGAUCGGCAAGAUCAUGACUUAUGUAGCAUCAAGAUGAAGAUUCCUCCAUUUCAAGGCAAAAAUGAUCCAGAUGUGUAUUUGGAGUGGGAAAAGAAGCUUGUGCUUAGUCGACGUAAAAAUCGAGAGCAUCCUAUUGACACUUGGGAAAAGAUGAAAACUGUGAUGAGAAAACGAUUUGUUCCUAGUCACUACUACCGUGAUCUCUAUCAACGAUUGCAGGCCCUUAGUCAAGGGUCCAAAAGUGUUGAGGAUUAUCACAAAGAGAUGGAAAUCGUAAUAGUUAGAGCGAAUGUGGAAAAGGAUAGAGAAGCAACUAUGGCACGGUUUGUGCAUGGCUUAAAUCGUGCUAUAGCUAAUGUGGUAGAGCUGCAACAUUGGUGGGAUCAGCUUGUGCUUAGUCGACAUAAAAAUCAAGAGCAUCCUAUUGACACUUGGGAAAAGAUGAAAACUGUGAUGAGAAAACGAUUUGUUCCUAGUCACUACUACCAUGAUCUCUAUCAGCGAUUGCAGGCCCUUAGUCAAAGGUCCAAAAGUGUUGAGGAUUAUCACAAAGAGAUGGAAAUCGUAAUGCAUUAUGUGAAAUUAGAAGAUAUGGUGCAUAUGGUGAUGAAAGUAGAACGGCAACUCAAGCGUAAAGAAACCACCAGCAGAACUGGACAAAAUUCAGUUUCCUCAUCUUCUCAGAAACUGAAUUGGAGUAAAAAGGAAGAAAAUUCUACCUUUAAGCCUAAAACUAUAGCAUCUAACUCAAAAGAAGUUGGCAGCAAUGAGAAGAGUAAAACAGAAGAUGAAGAAAUUGAAACCGAGGGUGAAUCCAAUGAUGAAUCUAUGCCACCAUCAGAAGAUGCUAAUGAUGGUGUGGAAGAUGCCGUUGAUAGAGAACUUCUCGUCACCAGGCGAGCUUUGAAUGUGCAAGCCAAAGAAGAUGAUGAAGUACAACGUGACAAUAUAUUUCACACAAGGUGCCAUGUCAAAAACAAGCUAGGUGCAAUACGAGUAGAAGAAAUAGGAGCAGGAGUAGAAGAAAUAAGAACAGGAGCUGUAGGAGUGGAAAGCACUGGGGAUGGAGGUGGCAUACUUGUGGCAGAAGAUGCUUGCCGUCUCACCUUCGCCAUGAAUUCAUGAACAAACAUGGUCAUCUAAGGGUUUUUUGCCCCUCCCUCUUGAGGAGCAGCCUGGGCAAAGGGAUUACAGGCCGGAAUUGGAGGAGUGUUAUCAUCCUCACGGCCACCCCUCGUGCCCCUAUGGCAUUUUGGAGCCAUUUAUAAACACAUAGAAGGUUU